AUGGGUGAACGUGCUAAAUACGCAAUUGUUCUCUGGGCCAGUGAUCCGGGUACCGUGUCUGUGGUUCUGACGGAGAAUAUUGGCUAUGAUCUAGACUAUCUGGAAAAGAAGGACUUUUCAACGAGUGGAACACCCUGGAGAAGCAAAGGAAGACCCAAAAAAAUUAAAAAAACUAGCGACUUUGAAAAAUCGUUACUCUCAGCGGCAGGUCUGAGUGAUGACGAUGAUGAAGUGACCUCCAGGGCUCGAACUUAUCCUGUCAUCGAGGAUUCAGAGAGUGGUGUUGAAGACAGACUCCAUCGAAAGAAAAGGGGCCCACUCAGAAAAAAGAGGGAGGACAUUGGGAAACGUCCAUCCGAUAGUCAUACAACGAAAUCCAGCGGAGUAAGCCCAACAAGAAAAACUCAUGUCACCCAAACCCCACUCACCACAAGGAAACGCCAGGCUCGAGCUCAGUAUGUCGGGGAGACCACCAAGGCUGAUGACGCCGAUGCUGAAGAAUCUGAUGAGGAUGAAAGUGAGAAAGAAGGAAGUGGAAAGCUGAAUGACAACGAAAAAGCAGAGAAAAGCGGUCACAACGAUUUAACAGAAACCUCAGCAUCAUCGACCCCGAUUCACGAAAAUACUGACGAAUAUGAUGAUAUUGAGGAUACUCCUCAACUAAGAGAUUCUCGCAGACGUCAGGGAUUGAAGUCGCCAGUCCCUAGGAAGACAACAGCUCCAUCUCGACCUACAAAGGAUGCAGACGCGACAAAGAAAAGUGGAGGAGUAAAAGAUCAUGGUGAGUCACCAACGUCAGUUCCUCAGAUGAAGACAACUGCAUCAACCCCGAUUCCCGAAAAUACUGAAGAUGAUGAAGAUGAUGAUGUUGAGGACACUCCUCAACUAAGAGAUUCUCGUAGACGUCAGGGAUUGAAGUCGCCAGUCUCUAGGAAGACAACAGCUCCAUCUCAACAUACAAAGGACGCAGGAGCAGUAAGGAUAGAUAGAGACGUCCAAGCUCAUGAUGAGUCGACAAAACUUAAGCGACCAGAAAGAAUAAGUCGUAUUUAUACUCUAUCGGAUGGAGAAACUGAGGAUGAAAAUGAAAUUCCAAAGACGGCCAAAUCCAAACGCAAGUUGCUCAAUGAUGAAAAGGAGUAUAACUUGCUUCCUCCGGCCCGAAGACGUGGACAUGAAAUUGAAAUUUAUCCAAAUACUGAAGUGUUUGUGAAGAAAAGAUUAUUGAGGCAUGCCCUCCAGUACAGUGGGAAUAGACCCGGUGAUUUCGUGUGUUUGUUGAUGCGGUUUCUUCUUGGCGAAAAAUUAAAGGACAUGACGGUACAGGGUGGGAAGAAUAAAGAAGCGAUUCCGAAGUCGGUGUAUAAUGCUGUGAGGUGGGCAGUCAACAGUCUGGUCCAAAGGGACGAUCGAAUGGAUGAGAAGGAAUACAAACGGAUUGUCACACAGUUGUGUACAAGGAGUCGAUCGAAGAAUAUCAAAGAAAAAAAAACAGACGAGCAGAAUAACGGUUCAGAACGUGCAGGUGUUGAUGAAGAACCAACGACAGGGAUACGUCAACGCACGAAUAAGAACCCAGAACCUUCCAAAGCAGCUCAGAAAUCGACGCUGAACACUGAAGGAGAUUCGAAUUCAGAUCAAUAUACGAUUCCUUCUGAACCAGUGUAA